CCUGUUUGCUGCCUGCGUAUUGAAAUGUUGUGGCUGGGGAACGGUCACAAGCAAGCCGGUGUUCUGCGGAAAGAACGUUUUCCCUUGGUCUUAAAACUAAAAACGCUCUGGGAGUACUCCGUAGGGAAGUCUUACUUUGGGGCUGGAACGAACUCUCAGGCUCAUACUUGAAGUAGCCCUGCAUUUUGGGGUCGCUUUCCUGAGGGCUGGCAGAAGAGGAGGGCUUUUUCUGCCCGCCCUGCGCUGUACCUGCCACUGGAGCUGAGGUGUUGACAACAGUGAGUACAUGAGGAAUGGGGACUUCUUACCCACUCGCCUGCAAGCCCAGCAAGAUGCUGUCAACAUCGUGUGCCACUCGAAGACCCGCAGCAACCCUGAGAACAACGUGGGGCUCAUCACCUUAGCCAAUAACUGUGAAGUGUUGACCACGCUCACUCCAGACACAGGACGGAUUCUUUCCAAGCUACACACGGUGCAACCCAAAGGGAAAAUUACCUUUUGCACAGGGAUCAGAGUUGCUCACCUGGCUCUGAAGCAUCGUCAGGGCAAGAAUCACAAGAUGCGGAUCAUUGCCUUUGUUGGGAGCCCUGUAGAAGAUAACGAGAAAGAUCUGGUGAAGCUGGCGAAGCGUCUUAAGAAAGAGAAAGUCAACGUGGACAUCAUCAAUUUUGGAGAAGAGGAAGCCAACACAGACAAGCUGACGGCCUUCAUCAACACCUUGAACGGCAAGGAUGGCACCGGCUCCCACCUGGUGACGGUGCCGCCGGGGCCCAGCCUGGCCGACGCCCUCAUCAGCUCCCCGAUCCUGGCCGGGGAGGGAGGCGCCAUGCUGGGCCUCGGCGCCAGCGACUUCGAGUUUGGCGUGGACCCGAGCGCGGACCCGGAGCUGGCUCUGGCUCUGCGUGUCUCCAUGGAGGAGCAGAGGCAGCGGCAAGAGGAGGAGGCCAGGAGGGCUGCGGCCGCUUCUGCAGCCGAAGCUGGGAUCGCAGCCACCGGUGGGGAUGAUUCGGACGACGCCCUGCUGAAGAUGACGAUAACCCAGCAGGAGUUCGGCCGCGCCGGGCUGCCCGACCUCAGCAGCAUGACGGAGGAGGAGCAGAUCGCCUACGCCAUGCAGAUGUCGCUGCAGGGGGCAGAGUUCGCGCAGGCGGAGGCGGCGGAGGCGGACGGCGGCGCGGCCAUGGACACCUCGGAGCCCCCCAAGGAGGAGGACGACUACGACGUGAUGCAGGACCCCGAGUUCCUGCAGAGCGUCCUGGAGAACCUCCCGGGCGUGGACCCCAACAACGAGGCGAUCCGCAACGCCAUGGGCUCGCUGGCCUCGCAGGCCGCCAAGGACGGCAAGGAGAAGAAGGAGGAGGACCGGAAGUGACGGCGCCGCCCCGCGCCCGCCCCCCGCGCGCCGCGCCAAUAAAGGGCCGAUCCCA